UCGGCGCGUCCUUCCUCCUAGUUCUCCCCCACCCCACCCCCCAAACCCGCACCUCCCGAAUCCCCCGCCCUCUCCGCGCUCUGCCCCUCCUCCCUUGCUGCGGGCUGACCGCUCCACACCGCCGCAGCGCCUCGCGUCUGGACAGCUUGCAGGAGGCACACACCCUUACACCCACUCGGCCAGACCGCACCCCUGCCCAGCAUGUCCGCGCUGGAGUGGUACGCCCACAAGUCCCUGGGCGACGGCAUCUUUUGGAUUCAGGAACGCUUCUAUGAGUCGGGCAACCGCGCCAACAUCUGGCUGGUGCGUGGUUCCGAGCAGGAUGUGGUGAUCGAUACGGGCCUGGGGCUGCGCAGCCUCCCGGAGUACCUGUACUCCUCCGGCCUCUUGCAGGAUCACGGGGCCAAAGAGGACGCGGCGUGCCGGCCACUGCUGGCCGUGGCCACACACGUGCACUUCGACCACUCCGGCGGCCUCUACCAGUUCGACCGGGUGGCCGUGCAUCACGCUGAGGCCGAGGCGCUGGCUCGCGGGGACAACUUUGAGACCGUGACCUGGCUGUCCGACAGUGAGGUGGUGCGGGCGCCCAGCCCGGGCUGGAGGGCCAGGCAGUUCCGAGUGCAGGCGGUGCAGCCCACUCUCAUCCUGCAGGAUGGGGAUGUGAUCAACCUUGGUGACAGACAGCUCACUGUUAUGCACAUGCCUGGUCACUCCAGGGGCAGUAUUUGCUUACAUGACAAAGACCGAAAGAUUCUCUUCAGUGGAGACGUCGUAUAUGAUGGAUCACUGAUUGACUGGCUUCCAUACAGCAGGAUAAGUGACUAUGUUGGAACCUGUGAACGUCUGAUAGAAUUAGUGGACAGAGGUCUGGUAGAGAAGGUGCUUCCUGGGCAUUUCAAUACCUUUGGUGCUGAAAGGCUUUUUCGAUUGGCUUCUAACUAUAUUUCAAAAGCUGGCAUAUGUCACAAAGUUUCUACUUUUGCCAUGCGAUCUCUUGCAAGUUUAGCCUUACGUGUAACAAAUUCUAGGACCUCACCCUAGUAUCUACACUGAUAACCUAUUUUGAUUAAUUCUGUAAAUUCAAUUCAUUUUGUGCUGUUUAAAAUGAGUAAUAGUGAGCAUUUCAAGAAAUGCUUUAUUAGGGAAAAAAAAAUGUUGAGAAUGAGUAAGCCCAAAAAGGAAGCUCUUCAUUAAAAAUUUUUCUUUCUUUCAAAUAAGAAAUCAUUUAAAUAAGCUUAUAAUUUGCCAAGCUGUCAUCUUGUAAUAUUUGUCAUCUUGUAAUAUCCAGAAACAACAUAGAAAUAUAUGGGGAAGUAAGGAGGCAUAGUAACAGAAAGAACUAUCAUCCUUACUUCCCAUUUCUCUUAUUUUAUUUCCUAGAUGACCUAGAAAAAGAGGCAUAAAGUUUUAUGUUUAUACUCCAAACUUGAUAUUUUAAUAUAUUAUUUAAAGAUAAAGGUUCUUCAGUUUAAAAUACAUUGGAACUCAAUACAAACAUAUAAAUUAAUAUUUAGAAUGACAGCUAAAACAAUCCAUUGGUAUAGCACAGAAUUUUUAUGCUUCAUUUAUUUAUUCUUAAUGUAAUUAUAGCGUAUUAUAUGCUGUGUAAUUUUACUUACAAAGAGUACAAUGAAUUUUGUUUUGUUGCAAAGCUUUAAAUAUAAAUUGCAGAGUGCUUCAGUCAAAAGCUACCACACAGUGUUGUUUGUUAUUAUGUGCGUGUAAUAUUUUCAAUCAUAAAAAUGAAAUUCAAAUGUCUGUAAUAUAAUUACAAAUUGUCAGAUUUCUCAAAAGGACACUGUCAGGGAAGUUUGAAAAUAUACACAUUGAAAAUAAUUUUUUAUUAUAUCCUAUUUUAAUAUUAACAGCUAUUAUAAACAAAAUUUUUCUUGUUAAAUAGCAGCUUCAGUAUAUGUGUCAUAUUUUAUAAUAUCACAACAACUAUAGAGAUCUACGACAUUCUGAUAUGAAUCAUUCUUUUACUUAUCAUAACAUGCAUAUGUACCAUGGAAGGCUUUUCAGAUUAACUGCAAAAUGUGCAUUAGAUAUUGACUUAGAGUGAAUUGCCUUUUUUAUCCUGAUUCACAACACCUAUUCCUGUUCAGUAUUCUUUGUCUUGAAUGAAAAGAACUCUACAUUUAUAAAGUUAUAGGAAAGGUUAGCCCACUAUUUUAGUGAAAUGUUUUGGUUUGGUGCUCUUUAUAAUUUAUUAAAAAGCCUUUUGGAAUAUUUCAUAAAGGUUUUUUAAGCAGUUUUGUCACUGCCUUUUUAUUAUUGACAUGUCCAAAACCAAACUGAGAUAGCUUUGGAAAUCAGAUUGUUUAGUAUUAAGAAAGUUUAGCAACUUUGAUAUCUGAAAAAUUAUAAAAUUUUUCCACCCUUAACCCACCCAGGUUUUUUAGUCUUUUUUUAAUUCAACACCCACACACAUAUCCCACAUUCAUACACACAGUCACAUACAUACAUGCACAGUAUUGUGCUAAACACUGUGGAAGCUUAAAAAGUCAAAGAGAUGGAAUCUUAGCUAGAAGGCAAACAAAACAUGAAUAAUAAUAUAUGUAGGUUGAAGCUAAUACAAAUUACACAUGAGUAUCAGGGACAAACAUGGAGGGGUGUGGAGUUUGGUUAGGAAGAGAUUCCUGGAAGAGGGGUUUUUCAGUCAUAUUUGGAAAGAUGAUUUGUUAGGUGGUCAGGGUAGGGGACAAAAAGAUCCAAGAACGGGGAUGGAAGCAUUGCUAUCCUAAGUAGGCUAUUCCUUGUGACAAUUUAAAUUUAAUUUUCAGGAAUCUUAGAUCCUCCAAAUACCAAGUAUUUAGCAUGAGACAGGUGGGUUUGUGAUGGUGUAUAUGAGUCAUCUUCAGUGACAGACAAGCUGUCCUGCCACAUGCCAUCAAAGGAAUUACUCAUAUAAGGCUGUAGGUUUCAGUUGAUAUGCAGCAUGAAGAGUAUAGAUUUGGUUCAGGGCAACUACAAUCACUUAAUGAGCCUUAAAUAUAGCCAUUAUUUUUAUAUCAGUAGCACAAAAGAAAACCAAAAGUCCUUAACCAUUGACCAUUUUAUCAUACCUUAGGACUUAAAAAAAAAAUCAGGGUAUAGUAGGCACUAAGUUUUACUGAGAAAUAUUUGAACCUGAUGAAGGCUUUCUUUAUUUCUUAAAAAUACAAUUUUUCAAAACAUGUUAGUUUUAUUUUUAAAUCUCCAACUUUUUUUUUGUUUUUCAAAUUAUACAAACACAUAAGACUGUGAUAUUUUGCUUUUGCUUCAGUGUGAAUAAAUUGGGGAAAGGAUCUGUCAUCCAUUUAGUGCUCAUGCUAUGCAUUUUAAAAUAUGCAUUAUUCAGUUUAAUCCUGGCCCCAGUGCCAAGAAGCAAUUGACCAGCCAAACACAACAAAACUUUGGACAAAGCUGGUAAUUGAACACAGGUCUGUCUUCCUCCCAAACUGUGCUCUUUCUCUUAUAUCUGCACAAUAACAUAAAAUUGGCAAAGUGUAUUUUUACUUUCCCAGAUGCCACAUGUGCCAAGAGUAAAUCAAGUGAUGUUAAGCCUAAUAAUAGCAUAUUUUAAAAGAAGCUUUAAAAAAUAUAUUUUCACCCUGACAGUGACCCGUAUUGUAACUUAUGAUUUUUGGAAAUAAUAGUAUGUAAGUAUAAUUCAGAGUUGUCAAAUGUAAGACAUUUAGAAAUAAUUUUUAUUUGUAUUGUUAAUAACUGAAUCUUUGAAAACUCAUUUUCCUUAUUUGGUGUUUCCUUUUAACUAAGAAGUCUAAAACAAACAAAAAUCUUGUGUUAUUCUGAUAUAGUUGAGUAAAUGAUUAUGUGUAGUUGUUCUUAUAUGAAUAGUAAUAUGAUUGUGACAUGUACACAUUAUCUUCUUAUAAUUUUCAGAUAAGUGUAAGUAAAAAUUUGUGUGAUAAAUAUUAAAGUGGACAUUUUAUUUCAA